AUGACAUAUCUUAUGAGGAACUUCUUGAUGAACUUCUGCAAGCUAAUUUGUUUGGCGAUAACCUUACCUCUCCAACUAAUGGAGUUUUUGGGCUUAUAUGGCAUGUACAAGCGUUUGUUUCCGCUUCUUGCUUACAAUAUUACUUUUUCAUACAACGACAAAAUGCACGAAAACAAGAGGAACCUUUUCCGAGACUUGUGUAAAUUCUGCAACACGGACGGUACACUUCGACUUCUGGAGAUUGGCUGUGGUAGUGGGGCCAACUUCAAAUACUACCCACACGGUUGCACGGUCAUUUGCACAGACCCCAACCCUCACUUUGAGAAGUACCUGCAGAUGAGUAUGACAGCAAGCAACCACCUGAGCUAUGAAAGCUUCAUGGUUGCCUCAGGAGAGGACCUGAUGGCAGUGCAAGAUGAGUCAGUGGAUGUUGUUGUCUGCACGCUUGUGCUGUGUUCUGUCAACAACGUGCCACAGGUACUGGAUGAGGCAAGACGGAUACUCCGAAAAGGUGGUGCUCUGUACUUUCUGGAGCAUGUAGAGUCAGAACCCUCCUCUUGGAUAUACUUCUUCCAGCACAUGUUCCAGCCGAUGUGGUACUACCUGGGGGAUGGCUGCAUGGUUACCAGGGCAACGUGGAGAGAUUUGGAGGCUGCUGGGUUCUCAGAGAUCCAGCUCCGACACAUUGAGGCUCCGCGGGUCACUUUCAUGAUCAAACCGCACAUCCUUGGAUAUGCCAUCAAGUGA